CCGCGUUCAUUAUCGUCCACGGCACUUCCUUUUGCGCCGCCUAACCAUGCUAGCCACGGUAGCGUUGGUCGCCUGGACAGUGGUCGUCUUGGGCGCCACCAUCGCCGUUUUGCAACUGCUGCGUUGGCGAAAAAAACACUUCAGCUAUUUCAAGGAUCUCGGAGUUCCUGGACCUACUCCCAACAUCAUCUGGGGAAAUUUAUGGGAAUAUCACCGAAAGGGGAUCACAAAUGCAAUUGCUGAUUGGUGUGAGAAGUAUGGAGACGUGUUCGGAUUUUACAAUGGAGAUGUACCGACACUUGUCGUCAAAGAUCUUGAUUUCUUAUCCUACGUGCUAGUGAAAGACUUCGGAAACUUUAUGAACCGAGGGACCACGAUGCGCACCGACGAGCAGCAUCCGCUCCUUGGCCAGGGUCUGCUGCACGCCCGGGAUUUGCAGUGGAAGCGCACCAGGAGCGUCACGUCACACGCCUUCACCGCCGCCAAGUUCAGACAGGUAUUUCCACACCUGGACGACGCGUGCGACCGGCUCCUGGACCUGUUGGUCAAAACGGGUGACAGUGGCGGCAAGGAGGUUGCCGCCUACGAGCUGUUCAAACCACUCGCCAUGGAGUACAUUUCUCGCGGCAGCUUCGGUAUCGCAAACAACUUUCAGGAGGCCACCCAGCACCCGCUCUUCCAUAUGGCCACUCAGGUGCUCCCGGGAACCAUGAUCGGCCCCAUGCACAUGAUCGCCCAGUGCACGACGACGUUGCAGAGCGUGGUGGCACCUUUCCUUUGGCUGAACAGCAAGAUUGGCAGCUUCACUUACGACCGCUUUGCGAAGCUCGCCUACAAGGCCGUCGACGACAGGCGCAACAACCCACUUCCCGACGGAAAGAAGGACAUCUUACAGAUACUGCUUGACGCUGAAACCGAGGAAGAAGAGGUUAACGAUACAGUGACCAACGGUGUGUUCAAAGUCGACAAGAAGAUGUCCUCAACGGAAGUGUCUGUUAACACGGCAAUGCUUCUAAUCGCUGGUUUCGGUACGACCUCCGUGGCUCUGAGCUUCGUGUGCUACAUGCUCGCAAAUCACCUCGACAUCCAGGAGAGAGUCAGGGAAGAAGUGAAACAAGUCAGAAGAAAAUACGGUUCCCUGGACUACACGGCGGUGACGCAAGGCCUCAAGUACCUGUCGUGCGUGGUGGAUGAGACGCUGCGUGUCUUCCCUGUGGUAGUUGCGUUCGUCACUCGGUCUGCACGAGAAGACUUCGAAUACAAAGGCGUGAAGUACAGCGCCGGUCUGAGCAUCAUGUCCCCGACCAUGGUGGUCCAGAAGGACCCCAAGGCAUGGACUGAACCCGAACGAUUCGAUCCCGAUAGGUUCCUGCCGGAAAAUGUGGCCCAGCAGCACGGCAUGGCGUACCAGCCAUUCGGUCAAGGGCCCCGCAACUGCAUCGGCAAGAGGCUUGCGCUGAUCGAGAUCAUCUACACUGUGGGCCGCAUCGUGGAACGCUUCCGCCUGGAGCCCGGUCCUUCUCAGAAGGAGAACCUCGAGCUUCGCUUCUACUCGAUGGUGUGCGAGCCUCGCGAGGGCCCCUGGAUCAAAUUCAAGCCCAUACUGGAUGAAGAGCAAGCCUGAAGCUCGGA